AUGUCAAAAGCUCCAAAGAUGCAAUAUGCUCGUCUCGGCACCUCCGGCCUCAAAACCUCCCGCAUCAUCCUCGGCUGUAUGGCUUUUGGCUCACCAACAUGGGAGGGCUCGCCAUGGACAUUAUCAGAAGACGAAAGCAUGAAAGUCAUAGAACGAGCUUGGAAUCUUGGCAUCAACACAUGGGACACAGCAAACACCUACUCCAACGGUGAAAGCGAGCGCAUCCUCGGUCGCGCAAUGAAGAAACUCAACAUCCCUCGCUCAAGGGUAGUAAUACUGUCAAAACUUUAUUACCCGGUUAUGGAAGAUGAUUCUCGACCACAACCACCAAACAGCUACUCCCAAGAGCUCGUGAACCAAAUGGGCUUGAGUCGAAAGCAUAUUUUCGACGCUGUCGACGCAUCGCUGGAACGUCUGGGGACUUCUUAUAUCGAUGUCCUUCAGAUACACCGUCUGGACCGCGAAACACCGCCUGAGGAAAUCAUGCGCGCGCUCCACGAUCUUGUUUGCAUGGGCAAAGUAAGAUAUCUGGGUGGGAGCAGCAUGUAUACCUGGGAAUUCGCUCGUUUGCAAUAUACCGCAAAACUGAACAACUGGACUACAUUCACGUCGAUGCAGCCUUUCUACAAUCUGCUUUAUAGAGAGGAAGAAAGGGAGAUGCUGCCGUUUUGUGAAUCUCAGGGGAUUGGUAUCAUACCUUGGAGUCCACUUGCGAGGGGUUUGCUGGGCAAGCCGGUAGGUGAGACGAGCAGUAGGAAUGAGGCGGAUGCAAAGACACAGAAGUGGUUUGGCGAUGCGGAGCCGGAGAUAAUCAGGAGGGUCGAGCAAUUGAGUAUCAAGAAGGGAUGUAGUAUGGCGAGUGUAGCAACGGCCUGGGUUAUCAAGAAGGGCUGUUCGCCCAUUGUUGGGCUUACGAGUGUGGAGAGAGUAGAUCAGAUUAUGGAGGGUUUGGAGGUCACAUUGACAGAUGAUGAUUGUAGAUUCUUGGAAGAGCUCUAUAAGCCACGAAGUGUGCAAGCUAUCUUGCAAGAAGUCGCUUUCCAUCUCAAAACGUUGACCGGACAGAACUCCGACACGCACCGCCGCCUUCUCGGACCUUUUCUGAUAGCUAAAUACUACAUUCACUAUGGAGCAUCAACCCAAUGUUACUGGGAACUGCAAGAUCACUUCACAAUGUCUCCUUCUCCUCUCUCCCUGCGAUCUACCUUGGCGACUCUUCCCGCACUACAAACAACCUCGGAAAACCUGCGAUCGCAAACAAGGACAGAAAUUGAGUCGAACCCCAACAUACCGAUUCUCAUCGCCCUCGACGACGACCCGACUGGAACACAAACAUGCCACAACAUCCCCGUCCUCACAAGGUGGAGCAUCGAUGUUCUUACCGAAGAAUUCGCUCAUACAGCUCCCGGAAGCGGAUUCUUCAUUUUGACCAACUCACGAGCCUUGCACCCACCCGCGGCCAAACAACUAAUGAUCGAAAUAUGUACGAACCUCAAGGAAGCAGCUCUUCGAGCUGGUAAGACUUUUGAGGUGGUGUUGCGGGGUGAUUCUACUCUGAGGGGCCAUUUUCCACUGGAACCAGAGGCUGUAGAGGAAGUCCUGGGGCAGACCCACGCGUGGAUACUCGCGCCUUUUUUCUUGCAGGGGGGGAGAUACACGAUCAAUGAUGUGCAUUACGUUUCAGAAGGCGAUACUUUGGUGCCGGCUGGGGAAACGCCGUUCGCAAAGGACGCCACAUUCGGCUAUAAGAGCAGUGACUUGAGAGACUGGGUGGUGGAGAAGUCCAAAGGAUCAAUUGCAAGAGAAAGAGUAAAGAGUCUAGCGUUGAAAGAUAUACGGGGAGGUGGGAUGGGCAGAGUGGAGGAGUUGCUGUGUAACGCGGAGAAAGGAACCGUGUUCAUUGUCAAUUCCGCAGCAGAGGAAGAUAUGGAUGUCGUUGUUUUGGGAAUCCUCAGAGCUUCUGCUAAAGGGAAGAAGUUUCUCUUCCGCUCUGGUGCAGCUUUUGUGUCGGCACGAUUGGGUAUAUCGCCCAUCCCACCCAUCUCAGCAGAAGAGCUCGGAUUGGACUCAUCGCGAGGUGGGCUGAUCAUUGCGGGAUCGUAUGUCCCCAAAACAACAGCGCAACUCAAAGUACUCCGCGAGAAAUCUGGGUCUCGUCUCACUACAGUUGAACUGGACGUCAAUAAACUCCUGCUAUCGUCUUCGAGCGCGGAAACAGAACUUCAACACGCUCUUGCGACGGCUGAGGAAGAGUUGAAUAGACCACAAGACGUCCUUGUAAUGACUUCACGAAAGCUCGUUGUCGGUGCGGACGAGGGUUCUUCACUGGACAUUGGAUCUACUGUGGCCGCAGCACUCGUUUCGUUUCUUCAACGAUUACAGACAAAGCCGCGCUAUGUUAUUGCUAAAGGCGGAAUUACAAGCAGCGAUAUGGCAACCAAAGGCUUGAACAUGGGAAAGGCGAUGAUUGUGGGUCAAGCAGCCGCCGGUGUGCCACUUUGGAGAUGCGACGAGACGACGUGCAAGCAUCCCGGUCUGCCUUAUGUUGUAUUUCCUGGGAAUGUAGGGAGUGAUCAGACGCUUUGGGAGGUGGUUGAGAGAUGGUCUACAUAA